UCCAAGUAGACCACCAUGACACUUUUGUGGACUACAAAUUCACAUCCACCUCCUCACUUAUCAUCAUCUCUUCAUUCUCCUCUAACCUCCCCACUCUUUCUUUCUCUCCAACCAUACCCUUUCCUUUCCUUUCCUUUCCAUUCAGUCCAAGAGUACCUAACUCUUCAGUCUUUCUUUUGCCUAGGUUCAUCUAUAUAUAGGUGGAGAUUUGAUAUACAAUUUACUUGUAUAAAACCAUUGUUCUAAGUUUCUCAACAUUUUUUCAUCAGUGCGUGUCUAUACUAUUGCUAUGUCAACAGUUGUGUGCCAACGAUUACAGUCGUGUCUCGAGUCUCAGCUUGUUGAGACAAGGACACUGAGGCUCAUAGUGGCUUCUCCAAAAGUACCACACUUGGAGAAGACUCAGACUCUAUGUGUUGGUCAUGAUGACAAAUACACAUCCUCCUCAAAUUCUGACUUUGGUGGUUGGAGUUCCCUCCAAACUCUCUACAAUACCUCCCAAAGUCCCAAACAAGAUUUGGACAGAGAGAGUUCCUAUGUCCCUCCUUUGCAGCUCAAUCAACCUUCAUUCAAGCUUAGCGAUAAGAGCUUGGAUAUGUGUACUGAAAAUUUGGGCAGCGAGACAGGCACUGACAUAGCUGAAAGCAGCAGCUUUUCGCUCUCUGAAUCCGAUGAGGAGAGCAGAAAUUCUCCAGCAAGGGAGCAGCUGAAGUCGCGGCAACAACAACAUGUUGAAUCUUCCAAGAAAGUGAUCAAUUCUCGCAAAUUUCCACCUCCCUUGACAACGAUGAGCGGUCUCCAAGUUAGGUCUCAUCGUGAAGGCGGCAGGCUUGUUAUUGAAGCCGUGGAGACUCCAUCGAGACCUUCUUGUUUUCAAGCUGAAAGAAGCCAUGGCCGUCUUCGACUGUGCUUCUUGAAAGAUUGUAGUGCUACUGCUACUUCUUACUUGGAAGUGGCCACUGAAGAAAAUGAUGAAAGUGGUAUUGAAGAACAAGUUGAAGAAGAAUUUGAAGAGCAAGAAGGUGAAGCAGAAAGCGAUGCAUAUGUACUUAGGGAGGACAUGGAUGGCAGUAGUUUCGAUGUUGGGGUUGAAAAGGGUAUCAAAAAGUUUCAAUGGCCAAGCAGGUGCAAGGAAGGUGGACGUGGUCUUAGCACUGGAAGAUUAUGUAAUUGGGAGCCUUUAUGUGUGGCUACUCCCUAGACUAAAGUUCCAUUUUUGAUCUCUUCCUGUUCAAAUUCCACAAUCUUUUGUUGAUUUGUUUAUAUAUUGUCCCCUUUUUUAUUAUAAAUUCUCUCUUUGUUGAUUUGAAAA